AUGAGUCAUUCAAUCUCUAAAGGUGAAUUAUUUUCUAUUUUUACAAAAGAAGAGAAGUUUAAAAAUCCAACUGGUGGCGUUUUCAAAAUUCUUAGUGUCAAGAAAAACGAUAGAGAGAGGAAGAGUUGUUUAUUUGUAAUAUAUGAUGGCGAGUAUAAUACAAAAUGUUUAUUUAAAGAUGCUGCUUUUGAAAAAGCCUUUGAGAGCAAUUUGGAACCAGGAAAUGUUUUCCGUGUUCUUGUUGCCAGUACCGCUGUUUUACCACAAAAGAAAAAGUGUGUUUUAGUUGUAGAAGAUGUAGAAAUUUUAGAAAAAAACCGUCUACCUCCAAACCAACAAACUGGUAUAUUUUUAGAUUCAUAUUUGUUUGAACAUCCCGAGUUGAGUGCGGUUCCUGAAUUCAGAGGCGCUGGUUUUAAUGCUCAACCAAAUAAAGGGGCUCCUCAACCACCCCAAAUAAACCCUACAAAACCAUUACAACAACACUCUGUUGUUUCGAAUAAUUACCAACAACAACAACAUAAUAAUAAUAUUAAUAACCAUAACCAUAAUAACGGAUCUACUUCAGAUUCUCAAAAAAGACCUAUCUUUGCCAUUGAACAAUUAAGUCCAUACCAAAAUUUAUGGACUAUUAAGGCUAGAGUAUCGUAUAAAUCCGAUAUUAGAACCUGGAGAAACCAAAGAGGCGAAGGUAAAUUAUUUAAUGUCAACUUCUUGGACGAAACUGGCGAAAUUAGGGCCACUGCAUUCAAUGAUAACGCUGAAAAAUACUUUGAGAUACUACAAGAGGGCAAAGUCUAUUAUGUUUCUAAAGCCAGAGUGCAACCAUCCAAACCACAGUUUUCUCAUUUAAAACACCCCUACGAAUUACAAUUAGACAGAGAUAGUGUUGUUGAGGAAUGCAUGGAUGAUCAAGGUAAUGUUCCUCAGCUACAUUUCGAUUUUGUAAAGCUAAGUUCUGUUGAAAACACGGAACCAAACUCUGUUGUGGAUGUUAUGGGCAUCAUUCAAGAGAUCACCCCUGUUUUUCAAAUCAACUCAAAAGCCGGUAAAACCUAUGAUCGCCGUGAUAUUACCAUUGUGGAUGACUCUGGUUACUCAAUUUCUCUUGGUUUAUGGAAUAAUUUAGCUGUUGAUUUUAAUUUGCCAGAAGGAUCGGUUAUCGUUGCAAAGGGGGUUAGGGUUAGUGACUUCAACGGCAAAAGCUUGUCAAUGACCCCAAACGGCAACAUCUAUUCAAACCCAGAAACCCCUGAAGCGUUUGCUCUAAAAGGUUGGUACGAUUCUCAAGGUAAGAGUUCUACAUUCCAUUCUUUGAAACAAGAGUUUAGCAGAAGGGAUAACAUUGCUGAGCGUAAAACAAUUAGGGCUGCCGAAGAGGAAAACCUGGGUGCAAGUGAGCGUGGCGAUUACUUUAACAUUAAAGCAGCUAUUACAUAUGUAAGAACCGAUAAUUUCUGUUACCCAGGGUGUUCCAGUCCUAAUUGCGCCAAAAAAGUUAUUGAGACGUCUGAUGGUUCUUGGAGAUGUGAAAAAUGUGAUGCUACUUACCCAACUCCAAACUAUAGAUACACCUUAAGCAUAUCUGUCCUAGAUGAAACUGGUCAAAUGUGGUUGACUCUAUUUAAUGAACAAGCUGAAACUUUAUUAGGCGUUAGUGCUAAUAAAUUGAUGGAAAUUAAAGAAAAUUCAGAUACCGAAUUUAACGAUAUAAUUCAAAAAGUUCAAAUGUGUGAGUUUGAUUUCAGAAUAAGAGCUCGUCAAGAUACAUACAAUGACGUUCAAAAGAUUAGAUACAGUGCCGCAACCAUUAGUAGAUUGAAUUUCAAAGCAGAAGCUGAUUAUUUGGCUAAAGAACUUUCCAAAGUGAAUAUUUGA